AUGUCUUCAUCACUCCGAGGAACCUUUGAUGUCUUUGAUGAAUUCGCGAGAAUCUCAGGUCUUCGAAUCAAUGCAGCAAAAUCGGCCCUGUUUGUGGGUGGCAGAGAUCGCCAAGAUAUUCAUGCAGCAGCUUCUGAACUGGGUAUUCCUCUUGACUCUCUACCAAUUCGCUAUCUUGGUAUUCCAUUAACCACCAAAAUGAUGACAAAAGACGACUAUGCUCCUCUCAUUGACAAAAUAAAGGCAAGAAUGCUAUCAUGGAUAAGCAAACAUCUCUCCUACGCUGGACGUUUGCAGCUUAUUGUCUCUGUCAUUUCGAGUAUAUCGAAUUUCUGGUGCUCUGUUUUUCGACUGCCAUCAAGCUGUUUCGAUGAGAUUGAGAGGUUGUGUGGAGCUUUUCUCUGGUCUGGAAACCCAAAUACUUCAACGGGAUCGAAAAUUGCUUGGACGGAUAUCUGUAGACCGAAGGAGGAGGGAGGUCCUCGCGGCUGGAGACUUCGUAGGAGCCGUCUACAUCAUCUCCAGCCUCUCAUUGAUAUGAUCCUCGCUCAUUCCCUUCCGCACUCUGACAAUGGUCCCGAUUUCUACCUCUGGCAACACCAGCCGGGGAUCUAUAAAGACCACUUCUCAAUGCAGAACACCUGGGAGCAACUUCGCAUUCAUCACCCGCGAGGUGAGGAAUACACCAAGCCUGUGUGCUCUGCGGAGAACCGGAUGAAACACGCGAUCACCUAUUCUUCGCCUGCCCGUAUUCCUUCACGGCUGGCCUUUCAGAUAAUGGUAUACACUAUCUGGCGAGAGCGAAACUCUAGAAUCUAUCAUCGGGGUCACACCUCAGUGACGCAGAUGCCUAGGCUUAUUGACAAGAUCAUUCAGAACAGGUUGGCUUCGCUCAACUACGCUACGGAUCCUCGGAUGCACGACAUCCUCCAAGUUUGGUUUAGCAUGUACGAUCAUUGUACAGACAAACGCAUGGGAAUGGUGGAACAAAGUUAUUCCUUAUCUUGUGGCAAAAACUGA